GCAGUAUCCACGCACACAUGCGCAUCUACACCUGCGCCCAGUAGCUGUUCUGUUCUGUCUGAUCAAUUUCCAAUUCGACGCAUCGCACGCCAGGGCCAGAAAGCAGUAGUCCGAAGGCGUUGUACCGCAGCCACUCGAGACACGACAAAAAACCGUCGCAAUGGGCAACGAGAGCUCGCUACCCAUGGAGCUUUGCUCUAAUUUCGAUGCAGACGAAAUUAGGAGGUUGGGUAAGAGAUUUAGGAAACUGGAUCUUGACAACAGUGGAGCAUUGAGCAUUGAUGAGUUUAUGUCGUUACCUGAACUUCAACAAAAUCCUCUGGUCCAGCGUGUUAUAGAUAUAUUUGAUGCAGAUGGAAAUGGAGAGGUAGAUUUUAAGGAAUUUAUUCAAGGUGUAUCUCAAUUUAGUGUUAAGGGUGAUAAAGAAAGUAAACUUAGAUUUGCGUUUAGAAUUUAUGAUAUGGACAAUGAUGGCUUUAUAAGCAAUGGUGAACUGUUUCAAGUGUUGAAAAUGAUGGUAGGAAACAAUCUCAAGGACACUCAGCUGCAACAGAUUGUCGACAAGACAAUACUUUUUGCAGAUAAAGAUGAGGAUGGAAAAAUCAGCUUUGAGGAAUUCUGCUCUGUUGUCGGCAACACUGAUAUCCAUAAGAAGAUGGUUGUCGAUGUUUAAUUAAUCAAAGUUCUUGGAUGUGUAAAAAACUUUAAUAACUAAUAAGUGCAAUAACUCAAUUGGGUAUUAUCAUGAAACUAGCCAUCACCGCCA